AUCAAAACAAAUUCCCGUUAUGUUAUCCGUUAUUGAUCAAGUUAAUUGAUUUGUUCUACAACCAAAAAAAAAAUAAUGUUACGUCAUUUAAUCAAUUUAGUACGCUCUAAAUCAUUCCAUUAUCUACAAAAUGAUAUUAAACUUUGCCGUAUUGAUAAUAAUUUAAGGUGUACGUCUAGAUAUUUUCGUACAACAGCGAUUCACAAUGAUUUGAAAGAAAAUGCUUUUCUUUAUGAACAACUGUGUGAUAUUGUCAGUGUGGAUAAUGUGAGCAAAGCUGAAGCGGUACGGGAACAAUAUGGUCGCGAUGAAAGUCAUUUCAGUCCUGUUCUGGCUGAUUUUGUCGUAUGGCCGUUGAAUACCGAUCAUGUAAGCCGUAUAUCUCGAUUAUGUUACGAUUCGAAUGUAGCAAUCACAUUAUUCGGAACUGGUACUGGUUUAGAAGGUGGCGUGAACGCUCUCAAAGGAGGUGUUUGUUUGGCAACUAAUAAAAUGAAUCAAAUAAUCGAAGUAAAUGUCGAAGAUUUUGAUUGUACUGUUGAAGCUGGUGUUACAUGGCGAGAAUUGAAUCAAUAUCUGUCUGAUACCGGGCUUUUUUUCCCUAUAGACCCUGGGGCAUCAGCCAGUUUAGGUGGAAUGUCAGCCACCAAUGCAUCUGGUACUAAUGCUGUUCGCUAUGGCACAAUGAAAGAAAAUGUCCUUAAUAUGGAAGUCGUAUUGCCCACCGGUGAAGUAAUAAAAACGGCUGGCAUAAAUUCUCGUUGCCGAAAAUCAGCUGCAGGUUUAAAUUUGACCGAAUUAUUCGUCGGGAGUGAAGGCAUUCUUGGUACGGUAACUCAACUGACUUUACGUCUUUAUCCGAUACCUGAAUCGACUUGUUUAUGCGUUUGUCCAUUUGAAGAUAAUGCCUCUGCAAUCCACACCGUAGUUUUAUUACUACAGAAUGGAAUACCCUUAUCACGAAUCGAAUACGUGGAUAGUCAAUCAAUUCAUGCUUCAAAUCAAUACAGUAAAGGUGACUUAUUGGUGAAGCCAUCUUUGUUUAUGGAAAUCGCUGGCAAUCAGACCGUUGUCGAGUCAAUAGCUGAAUUGGUUAAAGAAAUUGUUUUAGAUAAUGGCGCUCUUGAUUUUAAACAUUCAAGCAUAAUGGAAGAGCGAUCGCGUCUAUGGAAAGCACGACAUGAUCUUUACUAUGCAUGUCGCAAUUUUGAUACCCGACCAAACACCCGAGCAUUGAUCACCGAUGUUUGCGUACCAAUAUCCAAAUUACCGGAAAUUAUCCUAAUAAUGCGAAACUAUCUAGAUAAAUAUAAUAUUAAAGGUUCGUCGUUUGGUCAUGUAGGUGAUGGAAAUUUUCAUUCCGUCAUUACUUAUGAUCCGAAUGAUAGUGUUGAAACUGGCAAUGUUUUGAUGAUCAGCGAAAUGAUUGCCGAAGAAGCGAUACGAUUGGGAGGUACCUGUACCGGUGAACACGGAAUCGGUCGUGGUAAAAUCAAAUUCUUACAGAAAGAACACGAUGCUUUUUCUUUAGAAGUUAUGAAAAAAAUUAAACAAACUAUGGAUCCAAAGAACUUAUUCAACCCAGGCAAAGUUUUAAUCAUUCCAUAACCUUAUGAAGAUGGACAUUGGUUUACAUUUGCUUUAAAAUUUUAAUUAUUUUAUUCUCAAAAUUCUCCCAGAAAAAUUCUGUCUUGCUUGUUUUUCAUUUAUUUGAUCGUUUCUUACUGCUAUUGUUUUUUGUGUGAAUGUUGAAUUUAAUUUUGUAUUACAAAUUUUUGUGUUAUUACAAACUUGUU